ACUCACUCACCCACCCACCCACACACCCAUACUCCCAGAACAGACAGAGCAAGAAAGUGAGCGAGCACAUAGGGAGAAAUCCAUUUCUGUCGGAGGCCCCGGGUUUCGGAGCAGAGGUCGGAGUGAGGAAAGAAUGUGCAGUCAGUACUACAAGGGCUGCAACACCACAGCAUACUGGCUGAGCUGGAAAAGGGGGUGAAACCCGAGAGGCAACGCCGUGUCGAGUGUCAGGCCUGGAAGGUGCCGGGAUAUGGAGGGGAGGACAGGGCAUGGGGGAAAGAUGGGAGGAAGGAAAAAUGAAAAGAGGCGAGACGAGACGUAGGGGAAAACUGGCGGAGGAGAGAAGCAGUUGUGGACGUUAGAAAGAGAAGAGGAGAGCGGAGCGGAGCAUUUCCGAGAACCGUGGGACCUCACCGUGGUGUUGGGUGUCCCACCCUGAUUUCUGCCAGUUCCGGAUCAGGUUUCUCCUCCAAUCCGGUUCCUCUAAAGCCACAGCGAGAGACGUUUGCAGAAAGCACCAUGAAUGAGCUCCUGGGGUGGUACGGCUACGACAAGGUGGACCUCCGAGAGUCUGAGGCCAAUGAGAUCAGAAACUACCGGGAGAGGCGGCAGCAUGUGUCUGUGCUAAAAGAAAACUCGUUGCCAAAACCCAAAAGCCUGGAUGCCAAAGUCAGCCACUCGGUCCUGGCCAUGAAGACCGGAGAGAGGGACUCCUCCAGUGUCCCUUCCUCCUCGCAAUCAUCUUCCUCAACGAGCUCGAUCCUGACCACCCCGAAGGAGCACAAGAAUGCCCCGGUCAUUGUCCCUCUCAUAAAGCCUUCAGCAGUGGAAGAUGUACAAAACGUGCAAAUAGUAUGCGUUUGGUGCCAGAAGGAGGGAGUAAAGCGCUACUCGCUGUGUAUGGGCUCGGAGCUCAAGAGCUUCUGCAGUGAGAAGUGUUUCGCUGCCUGCAGACGGGCUUACUUCAAGCGCAACAAGGCCAGAGAUGAAGACCUUCAUGUGGAGACAUCCCCUCAUCACCCCCAUCCAGAAGACUCACCCAGAUUAGUGUUAAAAAUAAACACUAAUGUCAGAUCUCUCUCGCCUGUGCCACAGGUCUGUGACUGGUGCAAGCAUAUUCGCCACACCAAGGAGUACCUGGACUUUGGAUCUGGUGAGGAGCGGCUUCAGUUCUGCAGCAUCAAAUGUCUCAACCAGUACAAGAUGGAUGUUUUCUACCGAGAAGCCCGUGCAGCUCUCACCAGCACCAGUUCAAGCCCUAACAGAACCAGCCAGGAGGUGAGAGUGGACAACGGCGUACCAGGCCAGAAGCUACUUACUCCUGAGUCCUGGAGCAGCAGCACCAGCAGUACAGGGGACGCACGCAAUCGAAAUCUUUCACCCAAAGGAUCAGCGCUAAUUCACGGACCCAUGGAAUCAACAUCUGUGUCAUCCUCAGAAGCAUCAUCUUCUUCCUCCUCUUCCAAGGUCUCAGUGUCAGGGCUUAAGAACCUGGAGAGAUCAAUUCAUCCAUCCCUACCUACUAUGGACGUGCCAUCACAUCCAUCUCCUCUUCCUCCUCAGCCUCCUCCUCGUCCACCUCUGGAUCAAAAGCCAUUACCUCAAAUCCCCAUACCCUUCAUCAGGCCCCCUCUUCAUGCUCAGGGACUAAAAAGUCCCCUUGCCAAUCCUCCCAGACAUGCAGGCCCCCCUUCCAGCCCCAUCCACAGACCCCCACACUCUCCUCUCCUGCAGCCCCCUGCCUCUUCUUCAAUGAAUCCCCCAGGACUUAUGCAUCCUUUCCCUGGUGCCUAUUUCCCUGGCUUACACUCACCCCCUCUAAACUUAAUGCCAAGAGGACCCGUCCCAAUGCCUCAAGUAAUGAACUAUGGUAUCCCCUCUUUUAGUCCUCUUUUACCCCAUCCCACUGUCCUGGUGCCGUAUCCUAUUAUUGUUCCCUUACCUGUCCCCAUACCUAUUCCUAUACCCAUUCCAGUCCCUCCUAAAGCAGACCUUGAAACGCCAAAUCAUGGUGGAGUUAUCCAGCCCGUGCCAGAAGGGGUAGACAGGGGUAGAUCUAGGACAUCUAGUUCCACAUCUCCAGAUAUCUCUGAAGAGGUCAGUAGAGUGGAGGUCAAUAAACCAGGGGGAAACUUUUCUCUAAGCCUGACUUCAACAAAUGAAACCAACACAAAGGACAUAAAUUGGGUUAAAUCCGAAAGGCAGUUACUGUCCCCAUUAUCCACACCUCAAAGUAAAGCAUCCUCCCCCAGAGCACAAUGUAGUGAAUUGUCCUGCCCAGCCAAAACCUCCGAGGGAAUGACAGACUAUAAAACUAUACAUCAGCAGACAGAGCGCCAAGUCAUCCAAAGGGUUCUCCAGAGGACCCAAGUGAAGUUAGAGCCUUGUGCCAAUGGAAUUGGGGAUCCGGCAGCACUGGGAGAGUUAGGAACUGGUCAGUUUAACAGGUCAGGGUUCAACAAUAUCAUCAGACCGAACCUCACUCUGUCACAGUCACCUUCAAAUGACUUCCAACAACCCGAUUCCCUCAAUCCACCUUCCAACAACCCGUCCAGCCCCUUGGAGAGCAGUGAGUCACAUAAUCCAAAGUCCUCUACCAAGGACCAUCCUCAAAAUUGCACGUCAUCCUCAUCCACACCCUCAAGUAUGGACUCUUCCUUACCCCAGAGAUUACCAGCGCCACUCCAGGAUCCUGCACUCAGUGAACUUGAAGCUAUCAAAGAAAACAAGUGUUCUGUUGUUAACGCGGUGCUGGUUGAAGGUCCAGUCGGUCAGUUGGAAGGGCCCUUAACGGUCGGCGGGGGUGUAGGGGAAGAUUCACACGUUCCAGAUGAGGACCACGCUUACGCCCUGCCCACAGCACCAAAGACAGGUGGGACCACACCCCCAUUACUCUUACCCAAACUCAGGGACAAGGGUAGCUUGCGGAGUCCUGCCAACAUGCCCAGCGCAGUGGAGAUGGAGCCAGCCCUGAAGAGGCGGUGCCUAAGGAUCCGAGAUCAGAACAAAUAGAGAAAGGAGACUCGCUGUUUGACGUUCUCCGGCGGUGCCAGGUUUAGCGCCGUGCCGUUUGUGUGGACAACACCAGAGCGAACACCUUCCUGCCCGCCUGUCUGCCUUUCCCUCUGCCCGUCAGACCAGCAGGGUGCCAACCCAGGAAGCAGUCCAGAUGGCCCAGUCAUCACAAGUCAACAACGUGGAAGAACACACAACUCAGUCACAGAGUUUUUUUUUGUUGUUUUUUUUUUUUGUUUGUUUUUUUUGCCUUGGACCAAAAAGUAUCACUGGCUUGUGUGUUGUAUUGAGCUGACUGAGGGUUUGGAAGGGACGUCCUUCAGAUCCUCAUCCUGUCUGACAUUGCCCUCAAGCGUUUAUGUGUGCACAAGUUAGUAUGGCUGCCCAGAUGCGCUCCUCCUCCUCCUCCUCCUCCUCUCCUUACUCCACUCAGCAGACAGCGCUCUGAUCAGCCUUGUGUGGUCUUCUCAGAUGGAGCCUGAACAUGAUCUCUUUCCAGGGGAAACGGUUUGUUUUCUCUGCCCGGCUUGCACAAAGAACCACAUUGUUUCUCUACUCAUAUCCCACGCUGACUCCCCACUCCAGGUUUUGAGUUACCUGGCCGAUCAGGGCUCAAACUUCAGGAGUGGUUUUUUUUUUUUUUUCUUUCUAUUUUUUUGAGGAAAAGCCAGGAAUAUAGUAUAGCCUUUUCUAUUCCGCCUAUCCACCCAACAUAAAUACAAGAUGGGCUACGCUCACUCGGUUUUGAGAUGUUAUCCCCUCGCAAGUGAUCGCCUGAGAUUUACCAGCCUGCUCGCUUCUCCUGAGAAAUGAGAGAAAUCUGCUGAGAUGAAAACUUUAUCCUCAGGCAACUUUCUCCAAGUGUUCGGAGAGCCAGGCUGAAGAAUUCCUGGGGGGAAAGCUAAACUACACGCAACAUGUACGAGGAUGCACUUACCAGUGCACAGUAGCAUUGAUAAUCUGAGAUUCCCGCUCGUCAUGAUAGCGCUGGUGCACAACAUUAGUCACUAUGUCCCCUCCUGAUCUGCAAAAUCAGAAUGACUUGUAGCACAGAGUGCCACGCAUGCUUGCAGUCUCCUGACAGGGUAACCGAUUCCAAUGUGUUUGCUCUUAUCUGACAGUUCUGUAAAGAAAGAUCCGCCUUGUAAUAUUACCAGAUGAGGUAUUACACUCGAAAGCAUCAAAUGCUGUAGCAAACAGUGAUCAGUAUUACAGUUGCCACAUUUGGGGACGCCGACGGAUCACUUUGAGGAUUGUCAAACACUUCAUUUUUUUUUGUAGUUAAACUCUGCACAGGUACAAUUUGAUGUUAUAUUAUGUUAUGCAAGAUGCAUAAGUCAAUUUUCAUUGAAUGCAUUUUAUUUCUGUAUUUGUACUUUUAUUUGAAUAUAUUCAGUGAGUGCCGAAACCCGUUUGUGCCCUCUAACGUUAUUAUGAUGACAGGUCCCCACUAGAGGGCAGUGUUUGCCAUUUUUUAAACUUUGCACCUGGAUACCAAGAGUCCCUUAUGCAGUCUGCAGUAAGUCAUUAGUUACACUAAUGCACUCAUUGCUAUUUUAUUAAAAUCCAAUGCCAAAUACGUACAGUUUGCCAUUAUUUUUCUUCUUGAUACCAAAUACUGCCAUCAACAUUACUUUAGUUCUUUCCCAUGAGAUACAUGGGGGAAUUCACCCCUUUUGAACUUCUCUACAUUUUCCCACGGUACAACCACAAACCUAGGGUACUUAACGAGGCUUGAAUGUGAUUGGGAGGAAAAUAACCACCCGUUGCUGCAAUUGCUGCUGUACGUCUUUUGCAGUAUGUCUCUAUCAGCUUUGUAAAUGUUAGACAUUGUCAUUUUUGCCAUUUUUUUAUUUCACAAAAACUGAGUGAAAAACAUUACAUUGUUCACUCAAUCUUUUACAAGCAAAAAUGUGGUGGAAAAAAAUACACUACACGUCACCUUGAACUCACCACUCAUCCAGGAAAGCAUGGUGGAGGGAGGGUCAUGUUGUGAUAAUUCCUUUCUUAAGCAAGGAAGCUGGCUGGAAGUGAUGGGAAGACAGACGGAGCCAAGUACAGAUCAAUAUCGGAAUUAAAACCACUCAGAAGCUGCAAAAAACUGGAGUCUGGGGUGAAGUUUCACCUCAAAGACUGUGUGCCCUUCAAUCCCAAAAUUCAGUGUAAAGGUGCAGCACUUUUCUCUGUUUUUCUAUUCACCCAAAGGCCACUUCCAUCUAGCAAGUCAUGCCAUAAUGACAGAGUCAUCCACAUCCAGUAAGGAAACUUUGUCAACAGCCUCGGUGAGUCAGUGGUGACAUCACUUCUGACAAGCGGCUGCACUGUCAACAACUUUCCCAAUCUGAUGGCACAUGCUAAAACAUUUACAGUGGCAAUCGGAAUUAUCCAUGCAGAUCCCCUUUUUUAUUAUUGUUAUUUAAAUUUGUCAAGAAAACACAAGUUUGUUGCUUUUGUAGCCUGACGUAUAGGUACUGUCUGAUCUCCACUUGUCACAAAUUUAGCCUUCGGUCUGGAAUAAAUCCGUCAGAUUGUUUGUAUUGAAUAAAUAUUAUGUAACCAAGAUCCUUGAUUGAGAUCUCUUUGUAAAAUGAGAUGAAUAAAAGUUAUUCUAUGAGCAUUGA